CCCGCGGCCAUGGCGGCGGCGGCGGCGGCGGCGCCCGAGGAGCCGGCGGGCUCGGCCGAGUCGGUGGUCGCCGGCCGCACGCCGGUGCCGUCCGCGUCGCCCGGGAGCCCGCAGCAGCCCGCCGAGCCGGGGCUGUGGGAGCGGAUCGGCGCGGAGAUCGAGGCCGAGAAGCCUUCCUUUCCAGAAGGAUGCAAGGCGAAGCAGGAGGUCGUGAGCACUGCCUCGCUGGAGCAUGGUUUCUACGGCUUCAAUGCACAGCACCUCCAUUCCCUUCCUCGCGUGCCCGGCAUCCCGCACCAGCCCUGUUCGCAGGUGAAGCCCGAGGAAGUCGAUCCCCAGACAUGUUCCCCCAAGGAGUACUUGGAAAAGUUCGUCUUCCCGACGCUGCUGCCCGGGAUGGAGAGUCUGCUCCACCAGGCAGAGAAGGAGAAGUGCUUCGAGAGGAAAAGGACCAAAUUCAUUGCCUGUGACUAUCUGACCCAGUGGCUGUUCAAUCAGAAUCCUAAGCGGGCCGGGGAGCCGUUCACAGAAUUCUUCUCCAUCCCCUUUGUGGAGCAGUGGCUGAAGGAUCACCCCCGGCCCCCCAUCCCGCUGUCCCUGCUGCUGUCGGAAGAGCAGGCGGUGCUCAUCAUCCAGUCCUUCUGGAGAGGCUACCUGGUGCGCUGUCACCCUGAAAUCCAAGAGUUGCGCCACUGGCAGAAGAAGCUGCGGGAGGAGAAGCACAUUCGCCAGAGAAUCCAAAUGUUCUGGGCCAAACAAGAGAAGAAACUGCACUGCAGUAUGGAGGACGACGACUAGGCAGUCUGGCCAAGGUUGGAUGCAGGGCCACGUCCAGAGCCUGUGCCCCCAGUUGGGGGUUGGCAGGUGACCGCGGUAUCUUGCCCUGCGCAUGCUAGACUUAACUAAAGACCUGUUUUAGGGCCCUUCAUCCUAAGAAAGAGCCUGCCUCCACCUCCCACGCACACCAUUCCCAGGUUUUUUCCUUUAUUUUUAUUUUAUUUUUUGGCGGGGGGAGUGUCACAUCUGGCAGUAUUCCGUGCUCUGCACUCAGGAUCACUCCUGGCUAGCCAGGGACCAUCUGAGGAACCAGGGGAUCGAACCUGAGUGAGCGGCAUGCAGGGCAAGAGCCCUCCCCGCUGUAUUAUUGCUCUGGCCCCCAGAUUUUUUUUUUAAUCCUUUAUCUGGAAAUUUCUUCCCUGUUCCUCACCAA